AACGUGAAUUAUGCAUGGAGGUAGCUAUAGUUUGUCACGAGGAGUGCGGCUAGCGCUUCUCUGAAUAACCAGUCAAACCGCCCUGACAAGCGAGGGAGUAUUCACCUGCACGGAAAGCAAUAUGGCGUAAGGUAACUUGACUAUUUAUGUUCUGUGUUUGAAACAUUUCAGCAAUAUCUUCAUCAUAAAUUUGGCGACGACGGGCACCUUGACACACCAUGAAAAGCUUCGCCUGUUUGCUCUUGGGUCUGAUUGUCGGGACAUCAAUUCAUCUCCUGCACGCCAACACUGUGUGCUCGCGUGAGUGCACACCCAGCUGCACGGUAUGUCGCUUCGUGUUUUCAAUUGAUCCUUGCCUUACUAUGAUGCAUGGGGACGAACGAGUUGUCCCGAGGAAUGGGAGUCUCUAUUACUACGAUGACAUAACGUAUUACAACGCCACGACGGGCCUGCCCUUAAACGACACUACGGCCUGGCGCAUUAACGACACGGUGGCCAGACGAAUUAUCACAACAGAUGGCGAGCAGGCUAGAUUUGUAAUCAGCAUCCACGACCAAAUGGCUGAUUCAGCGUUAAAAGAACACUUCCCAGGCCCUCCUAUCGUUGUUUAUGAAGGACAGGUGGUUGAAGUGUUCUUCACUAAUAGACUCCACGCUGACACUGUCUCCGUUCAUUUCCAUGGCAUCCAUCAGAAAAAUACUCCAUGGAUGGACGGGGUACCCUUUGUCACCCAAUGCCCCAUACUUCCGGGUGUGACAUUUAAGUAUAAAUUCAAGGCAAAUCCGGCAGGAACACACUAUUACCACUCUCAGAUUGCAGGACAGACAGGGCUGGGUUUGUACGGGCCACUCAUUGUAAAGAGCAGAAAAGAAGUCGAUAUGCCUGAGCACAUCAUGCUUCUACAAGACUGGAAUCAUGAUCUGGAUCCUGAAACGGUGUAUCUGAAGAGUGUCACUUCAGCAUAUUCUUGUACCUCAACCACCAACUGUUCUAAAUAUGAACAAACGCGAUCAUCGGAUAACACCAAAUUUGGUAAUUUUGAAUUCCACAGUGGAUUGAUCAAUGGACGGGGCAGGUACUACGAUCCGAUAACGGGUCGACAUAAUGGUGCUCCUCUAACCAGGUUUGUGGUCAAGGAAGGGGACACCUACAGGUUUAGAGUCAUCAACGCUGCCACCAUCUACGCGUUCAGAGUGUAUAUCCCAGGUCACAGCCUAACCAUCAUUACAACAGACGGACAAGACCUGCAGCGAAUUGAAGUGGACUCGUUCGUAAUCCAGCCCGGCGAACGAAUUGACUUUUUACUGUAUGCUUCGAAUCCUUUCAAUGUGACUGAAUACAUGAUAACUGCCGACACCCUUGAAGUCAAUCUACCCGUUCGUCAUAUCGCCGAAGCCAUUUUACAAUACGAUGACGAGAAUGUAAACAGAUCGCUAAGCAUACCAGACCACCCCUGUAAUCCCAGGGGAAAUUUUACCUGUAGAGUAUUCAACUGCCCAUUCAAAUAUUUCUCCAGAAUGCCGAACUUGACAUGCAUUACAUUAAAUGAUGUUAACGGAUAUGCCAUUGAUCCAAACAGAGAUGAAAUUAUCACCGAAAGGUACCCUAAAAGGCUCUUUCUCAACUUUGCUUUUCCUGGAAGAGACAGUAACCCUGGAUCGGUCAACGGAAUUCGGUUUCUCCGACCCAAAGUCUCAGCACUGACCCAGCGGACUCAGGUGGAAAUUGAGUGUAAUGACCCUUGCAGUGUCGACCAAACCCCCUGUUACUGCAUGCAUACUGUCUACAUCAACGAAGGGGACAUCGUGGAGAUGAUCCUGCUGAACAAAGGCUCGGGGAAGGGGGGUUCACAGCCAGUUCAUCUCCAUGGCCAUUCCUUCUAUGUUGCACAUCAAGGUUUCCCGGAGUACCAGGAUUACUCUGGUGAAGUGUUGAAUGACAAUCAAGAUGUUGAGUGUGUGGACGUCUACUGCAAUAGGGCAAGGUGGAGACCUGGGCAGAACUGGCAAGCUUCGGAAGUCAAUCCUCGGAUCCCUCCUCUGAAGGACACAGUUGUAGUGCCAUCUGGUGGAUAUGUCGUGUUGAGGUUCAAGGCCGAUAAUCUGGGUCUGUGGUACCUUCAGUCUAUGGUAGAUAUUUACAACACAAAUGGUCUAGCCGUGCUACUGGACGAAUCAACAUCAAAACUCCCCGCCAAACCUUAUGGAUACCCAGUGUGCGGAGACUACACAGCCUUUCAACUUCCACUCGAUAAUGAGCGAAGGGGGUUGAGUGGAGGUCUGAUCGCCCUGAUCGUCAUCAGCCUGCUGUUGAUGGUGGCCCUCAUCGUCCUCCUCCUCGUGUUCUAUCACAGGAGGAAAGUGAGGGUGUUUAGGACAAAAAUGUUCAAAUGGUGCAAGUGAAAACAAGGAAACAUUUGUUUGUCUCCAUUAGAAGCCGUGGUUGUUGUGUUGGUUGCUGGGUUGAUGUUUCUCGUUUACCCACAGUAGUGAGUGUAAAACAAUUUUGUAUUAAAGGAAGCUGACGCACAAAAGAACAUACACUCCUAAAAACAACGUAAAUAUUAUUUUAAUAUUUUUGAUUGUGACUUACCACUCGCAAACAUUGUACGUGUGUCAGUUUACUACAAGUACCGAUCGCGGAGAUAUCAACUACAGUCAAGCCAUAAUACAUUGGCUAUACAAACGGGGGGUUGGUAUUAUGAGCGACAUGCGAUGCAGCACAGUGGACCAAUGGACAAAGUUGUCCUGCUUGGUUACAAGGAUUUGAAAAUAUUUUGUUUCGUUUUUGUUUUGUUUUGUGUGAUUUGGUUUGUUUCUUUUUUUUCUAUUAAAUUUUGUUAACUAAUUAAUUCAUUUAUUAGUUAUUUUAUUGUAUUUAUUUUUUAAUUACUAUUUUAUUAUCUAUUAUUAUUCAUAUAUAUUUUUUCUAUUUAUAUGUUUUUAUUUUUUUAUUAUUAUUAUUUGGAGAGGGGGGGGGGGAGAAAGAGAAAGAGAAAUGUGUAAAUGUUUUGGUUGUAUUUCCCAAGGUGCUGAUAUCUACUGAAAUCCAGAAAAGGUGACUGUAUAUGUACGAAGUUUCUGAAAUAGCAUGCAUGGUAUAAUUACAAUUGAAUCCCUUCAUGUCGGGAUUGUCUUUAAUGGAGGUUUUUGUAUGUUUCCUACAGUUCAGCAGUUUGCAGUUUGUGUUUCACGUUAUUCUCAGGAUUUAGCAAUAGUGUACGUGAAUCAAAGGAAAGAAAAAGAGCAAUUAACCUUCAUUAAGUUGCAUAACUGUAACUUUUGUUUUCAUCGUUGAUGUUAUAUUCAUGAGAUCGAUUCGAUUUGUUGGACAAAAAGUAAAAAAUGAGGGCCAGGAAAAUACAUUAUCUGUUCGGUCAUAAAUAUUACCUCACAAAUUUACAAAAUCGGAAAUUAAAAGGGAAAAAUUAUGUCUGAUCAGGAUGAAAUACCAUACCAAAUCUCUGCUAAAAAAACAGAGUAUGUAUUGCCGUGCAGUAGUGUGCUUAGAGUUACCUCCCUUCGUCGUACAACACGCUGGACAUUCGCUGCCAGCUCUUGCCAUUCCGAGACCAGCCGAAUGACGAUAACGGAAAGAUGCGAGUGUUGACGAACUGAGUCGUAUGAUAGGUGAGACGAAGAGAGGCUUCAACGUACACAUAAUAAUCACAUACCCUUCUAGUUGUGAGGUAGAUUGAUAUAGUUGUAGGCGCUCAGAGAAAUGUAGUCAUAGUUCUCGACGUCCUGGUAACUAUGGUGUACGAUGUGUCUAUAUUAAGACUGGAUAUAUAAGAUUGCUUUUAAACUGACGUUGAUGGAGGGUGAAAUGUUACUAUCACAAUCUACUUUAGUUAAUAUUGUAUCAGGAAGAAAGGCACAUCUCGGUGUGUUGGCCUAGAAGUGGGUGAGUUGGAUUUUACGCCGCUUUUAGCAAUAUUCCAGCAAUAUCACGGCGGGGGACAUCAGAAGUAGGCUUCACACGUUGUAUGCAUGUGGGGAAUAGAACCUGUGCUUUUGGCGUGACGGGCGGGAACUUUAGCCACUAGACUACCCCACCGUCCCUGAGAAUGCAGUUUUAUGUGUCCCUCCCGAGUGGUUUUCUGCUUGACAGCUGACUUCAUUAGGUAAUCAAACACACGACAUAAUCAUGAGCCUAUUUGUCCUGUUUCCUCAGAACUGCAUUGAUAUCCAAAACUGUACAAUCCUGCGAUUGUUUUCGUUGAGGCUUUUAUAAACCCCGUGUAGCAUGAACAACCUAAUGUCACGUAUCUGGUAGAUCUAGGUAAUUGUGUAUACACUAUUAUUUAUUUCUAUAUUUUGUUUACAUUUCUAUAGAAUAUUGCAUAAUAUUAAUCCUGUUUUAUGAAUGCGAAAUGUUAUUAUGAAGGAUUAAACCUCGUGAUUGUA